AUGGAGGAGGACUCGCCGCUGACGAAGACGGUGAAGGGCGCGGUGACGGGGCUCGCCACGGGGACCAUCUGGGGCACCGUCGUCGCCACCUGGUACGACGUGCCCCGUGUGGAGCGCCACGUCGCGCUCCCGGGCCUCAUCCGGACGCUCAAGAUGUGCGGCACCUAUGGGGCUACCUUCGCCACCAUCGGAGGCCUCUACAUCGGCGUCGAGCAGCUCGUGCAGAGCCAGCGCAAGAAGCGCGACUUCGUCAACGGGGCCGUCGGCGCGUUCGUCGCCGGAGCCUCCGUCUGCGGCUACAGAGGAAAGAGUAUUCAGUCAGCCCUCAUCGGAGGCUCCUGCCUGGCCUUCACAUCUGCUGUGCUGGACAUUGGCGGCAAUACAACAAGAGUGGACAACGGCAAAGAGUACUAUGCCUACACAACUGAGAAGAAGCCUGCAAAGUGA